AUGUUAGAUAGAUUACCUAAAGAAGUGGUCUCUAAGAUUGCUCAUUCUUUAGCUCAGGAGGAUAAAGUAUCAUUAACAUAUGUUUCAAAAAACGUUUAUGAAAGUAUUAUACCGUCAUUGUACCAAAACCUUUUUUUAAAUGAAAGAUAUUAUUUCCCGAGCGAUUUAGAUAAUUCUUUAGGAACACAUAAAUGGUCAAUAUUGUAUUUUAAAUAUGUGCACGAAACUUCAGAGAAAGGUGCAAAUCAGAAUCAAAAAUCUUUGGCAAAAUUAAAGUUUCAGCAUUUAGUCAGAUCUCUCAGAGAAUCACCUGAAAAGUUAUGUCCUUUGAUUCAAUGCGUCCAUUGUACGUGGCACUUAGAUGAAGAUAUUAUGGCCGAAUUCAUUUCCUUACUAAAUAAAUAUGAUCAUAAUUUGACCAGAUUCGAAAAUUUCAUUAGGGACAAAAUAUCGAAUCAGUUGGUUCAUCAUUCAUAUUCAUUGCAAACUUUGACAUUGCCACCACCAAACAUUUUACCAUUGAACCAAAGCGCAGAUCUAAAAUACUUUGAAAGAACGCAAAGUUUACUGAAAAGUUAUAAUUUGAGUCAAAUCAAAGAAUUAAAUAUUCAUGUAAAUGCUUGCAAAUUUUUCCCUAAGUUAAACCCACCCUUAAACAUUGAAAGUCUUUGUUUAAAUUUAAGACCAGACACAUGUCAGAGCGAUAAAAUCAGUCAUAUCAAAUAUUCUGAUAUUUUUGAUAUAAACAGUUUGAAAGAAUUAGAAGUAUUAUCAUGGUAUGGCGAAUAUGAUUCUGAUAUUGAUAUAUAUGAAUUAUGGAAUUUAAGGGAAUUUCUCUCAUUUAAAAAUAUAGAAAAUUUAUCAUUCUUUUCCCUUUUUGCAAAUAUGGAUUACAUUAAGGACUGUAUAAUGAAGUUUAAUAAGUUAAGAAGACUCAAAGUUGACUUUAUGUUUGAGGUACCUAUGGAAAAGUCAGUUAUUGAUCUUAUGGCUAUAACACCGUGCCAUAAGAAUAUAGAAUAUUUGGAUAUCAAAUUUACUGAAUUGAAUCAGUAUCCUUUACUAUCUAUAGAUGAGGGUGAUGAAUUAUCACAGUUUAUCAUAAAUAUGAGCUGUCAAUGCGAUGCUUGCCAAGACACAUUAAAUAACAUCAUACUAUUCAAAAUUUUCCCCACCAAUGAAUCAUACUUGAUCAAAGAUUUUAAUGACAUUGAGAAAAGAAACUUUAUUUUACAGAUGUUUAAAUUGUACCCUAUUGUUCCAUACUCACAUUAUUUUGAUAUAUAUCCUAGUAUAGGGUUCUACUCAAGGCCCAUUGAAGAGUUUGUGAAAACUUUGAACUAUUUGCUAGGUUACGAUAAUAAACCAAAUAAUGAUCGAUAUGUGACAUGCGAAGAUGUUAUUAAAUUAUACCAUAGUUAUAUCCAUUCUCUAAAAAAAACUUUAGAUUAUUUCAUUAUAAGAUUCCCUAAUUUAAAGUAUUUAACAAUCAAUGAUUUACCUACUAUGAUUAUUCAAUACGAUGAACAGCAAAGAUGUAAUAUUCCAAUAUUUCAUAAUCAUAAUUAUAAAAGUAAUCAAGUGUAUGAAUUAAUUAAUAACGAAUCAUUAUUUGAAUAA